AUGUACGACGCCAAGGUGGCUAUGGUGUUCUCAAAUGCAUGGUUUGCAUUUUGCUUUGUUGGAAAUGAAAGUUGCGAGAGGAAGAAUAAGUACACACAUAGUGGGACCAGUGCUUCUUCUCAAUCAAAAAACAAACUUGAUGAUGAUCUUUUUUUGGGUCCUUUGGAUCACCCGAAACAAGAAGCAAAAAAGGCUGAUUUUCCUCAACUUGCAAAUCAAGGGAGUUGGCCUAAGAACAGUCCUGGAAAAAGAGCUACUAUGAGUCGACAGAAGUCUGGGAGUGGAAGAGUUGUUGAAGCUUCUCUUUGA